AUGGGUUGCAGUCAGGCUAAAAUUGAACCUGAAGCAUUAACGCCUGACGACGUGAGAAUCAUUAGAGAAACAUGGAAAAUGGUAGGCAGAGAAGCCUAUGGUGAAUAUGGUCAACGACUCAUGCUCAGGAUCUUUCAAAAAUGUCCAGAUAUAAAAUCACUUUGGCAAAAUUCCCGCGUUUUGAAUAAUAACAAUGCAACAACAACAGCUGGUGAUGAUACAGAUGCUCCUAAUACAGCUAAUCGCUGGAAAAUGGAUUUAAGAAAUCAUGGUUCAAAAUUUUUUAAUUCAUUAGAUGAUCUUAUUAUUGUUGUUGACAAACCUGAAGAAUUAUUUAAAAUGUUACAUGAUAUUGGUAUUCGUCAUAAAAAUUAUGAAGUUAAAUCUGAACAUAUCCAAGCCAUCGUUGAUGGUCUUAAUCAUACCAUGGAAUUUGGUUUACGCGACAAAUGGACGGAUAAUCGCCAAAAAUCUUUUCAACGUUUAAUUAAUAUUAUUGUUGCACGCACCAAUCGAGCAUUGACUGGUGGCGAAAAAUGA